AUAAGUGGUUUGGUUUUGCCAAAUCUUCCAGAAUUGACUAACGUGCUGCUUCCUUUGAUGACGUCACUCUCAUCUGCCCUCAAAAGAAGAAGCCAGGCUUUAAACUUACUGUUGUAAGACACUCUGCCCAUAACCAACAUUGAAGCCUGAAGAGAGUAGACACAAACUAGUAGACAGCAUUGGCAAAGGUCUCUUGACAUCUUGAGACACUUAUUAGAAAGUCACCUUCAUUAGAGCAAUCAUCACAUUGAACUAAGCACAUCAACUCAAAUGGCAUCAUAAAAAAGAGGAGGUGUACAUCCCAAGAGAAAGCAUUCGUUCUCUGUAAGCCGGAGUAUAGACCUUCAUUAUACAAUGACUGCAAUGGCUACAAUGACUGCUGUGACUGCAGUGAUAAAUCACUCUACAAGAGGAGACAACAUAUCCUCAAACUGUAUUACCACCCAAAAUUUGGUGGUGAAGGUUUUGCCUCCAGUUCUGAUCAUAGAGAUGCUAGUGGGCCUGCCUGGCAAUCUGAUAGCUUUGUGGAUCUUCAGUUGCCGUCUGAAGGUCUGGAGGCCCAAUACACUGUUCCUGUUCAACCUGGUCCUGGCAGACUUCCUGCUUCUCAUCAGUGUGCCUUUCCGCAUCGACAACCUUUUCCGUGGGGAAAACUGGGUCUUUGGUGACACCUGGUGUCGCAUCAACCUCUUCAUGCUAGCAGUCAACCGCUCAAGUAGCAUCGCCUUCAUGACGGCCGUAGCGAUGGAUCGCUACUUUAAGGUGGUUCACCCACACCACCGCAUCAACCGUAUGACAUCCACUCAGGCAAAGUGGGUGGCGGUGGGGAUCUGGAUGGUUGUGAUCUCCCUCAGAAUCCCACUGCUGGCCACUAAACUACUCCAGAAGCACAAAGACAAGUUACUGUGUCGGAGCUUCAACCACUACAAGGUUAUUCCUCCAUCGAUCAUGCUGCACUACAUAGUGUUCAUCGGGGAGUUCUUCUUCCCCUUGCUGCUCCUGCUCUUCUGCUCGGCCAGGAUUGCCUGCAUCCUCCGCCAACGCCAGAUGGACCGGGAGCAGAAGGUGCGAAGGGCCGUGCGCGUGGUGCUCGUGAUAGUACUCGUAUUUGUUACCUGCUUCAUGCCGGGAAUCGCCACAGGACUAGCGGGGAUGGCUUUAAAGGCGGUCGGUGCUAACUGUGCGGCCAACCAUUUGGCUGCUCAGCUCUUCAGCCUGUCUAUUGGGUUCACCUACAUGAACAGUGCCCUGGACCCUAUCAUUUACUGCUUCUCAAGCUCCAUGUUCCGCAACAGCCUGAAGAGUUCCAUCAACCGCCUGGGCCUGGUGGAUAUGAGGCUGAGCCGCAGAGGCAGCAUGACCAGCGAUGGGUGAGGGGAAUGUAGGAGCAGAGACAACAGACAGGGAAUCCAUGUGGUUGGGACUAACUAGGAGACAUAGUCCAUAGCUGUAUAUGCAGAACCGUCGCAUGGGUUGUGCCAACUAUGCGACCUCACAGGGCCUCGCGCCGUUGGGGGCGUUGCGUCUGCCUGCCUGCCUGUUUUUUUUUUUCUGUCAAUAAGCUGGGCCUCGCAUGGUUCCCACCGGGCCUCGCACCCCCCCUGUGGCGGCUCUGUGUAUAUGGAUGGGACUGCGCUAUGGCAAAUGCUGUUUCUUUUUGCUUAAACGUGGCAAGGUGUGUCGCUGCAGCUGUGUUUUGAAGCCUUUUGUUGUUUUGUGGAAUACCACAUUGUUGUGAAAUACCAGAGAAUCCUCUUAUCGAAAGGUUUAUUUAAUUGAAAUGAAUCCACAUUCCUUUCAGAAAGAAAAUAUUGAAAAGUGCCUUUUUUCACAAUGUUUUAUACUUUGCUUGAUAUUAUGAUCAUAUAACUUUUUAUUUUUUGGAUUAAGAAAUAUCUGUAAUAGUUUAAGUGCUUUGAGAUUGUGUUUUUAAAAUACAUGCCAAUGUGAAUAUAUAAAUGAAUAAAACACACCAUACUGUG